UCUCCAACAACACACAGCCAUAACUUUACACCAUAACUUGCUGUUAUGAUGGAGUCCACUAUGUUUAUAUUCCACCUCAGUGUAAUAUGUUUCUAUGUCAUGACAUUAAUCUAUGACAUUAAUGUUUCAACGCCUAAGUUCAUGUACAGCAAGUUUGUCAACCCAGAUGUCGUUGCCGCGUUUGGGACUGUGUAUGUUUACCAUAAAAUGCUAGCGCUUACGUACUGGAAUCUGGUGUUUCAGCUGACUUACUUCUUUAUCUGCUGCGUCAGUGAUCUGGUGACCAGCUCUGGAGCCCACAGUCCCAUCACAAGAAAGAUUGCUUCAUUCAGAGAUUGGUUUCUAGCAGCAGUUGCCUUUCCUAUUGGAACAUUGGUAGUGGUUGUAUUUUGGGCCAUCUGGGCAAUAGACAGAGAGUUUAUCUUCCCAAAGUUUCUGGAUCAAUUUUUUCCAGCGUGGCUCAAUCAUGUGAUGCACACUUUUGUACUACCGAUUCUGUUACUGGAUAUGUACAUGAUUAGACAUCGGUAUCCGUCCAAAACAACUGGUAUUCUAGGACUAGCCUUCGUGGCGCUGUCAUAUGUAUGUUGGAUAUUAUGGCUUGGGUUUGUAGUUGACAUCUGGGUGUACCCAUUCCUGAAGGUACUAAAUGGUGCAGUGUUUGGCUCCUUCAUCCUGGUCUGUGCCCUUCUACUUCUUGUACUCUACUUCACCGGGGAGAAACUCUGCAAAAUAUUCUGGAGUGGCUAUGCAGACUAUGACUUUGAGAUGGACAAACUGGACUGAGUGCUAAGAUGUCACUUUCAACAUUCCUCCAAGUUGUAAACCCUUCUCUUUCUUAAUAAUCAAACAACAAAAUUAUCGUAAAACUUGCUUCAGAAUGAACCCAUAAUGUUACGCUGGUUACACACCUUUGAUCCAACAGGCCUAUUGUUCCUUACCCUCAUCCUAAAAGCCCUAACCCUCACCCUAACCUUAGUGUGUAGAGCACAGGAGGUUAUUGGAACAUAGGAUCUUCAUAACAUUGGAAUGUUUCACUAUUGAGCAGUCCCCAUGAUUUGUAAAUCUGAGUUUGUACUAAAUGUCUUAUCAAGUGUGUUAAUUAUUUAAGUAGUAAGAAAUUGUACAAAUAUAAUCUUUUUAAAAUAUGCAACUUUUGAUUGAUAAUUUGUUAUACUUUUUAACUUUUCUCCCUUGAACCAUGCUUAAAGUUGGCACAGAUUUGAUGUUGGUGCUAAAGUAGUAAUUUUUACAUUCCAGUAUUUAAAGAAUAACCUAAAUGGUACGCUUUAUUUAGCGUGCUUGGGUGUUUUGAUUGAAGCAUAGGGUUCAGCUCCACCUUUAUUAAGCACCAUACCGAAAGCGUUGUUUUUGUUUUUGUAAUAAUUGAUGGAACCGAAGCCAGCGUUGUGGUUUAAAAAAGAACCAUAACAUUAUCAAAGUAGGCCCUCUAUUGAUAUCUGAUCCCAGACAUAAGCCCUUGUUUGGCUAUCAUUUUUUACUGAUGUCGUAUCCGAAUUUACAGCUAUGGGAACCUGGGGCUACCCUUUUUUCUAUGGGUGUUACUAAGGACACGCUUUACUUAAACACAUAAUGAUGCAGAAAUCCAGCCGUUGUCUUAGGUGUAGCUGCCAAUUCGGGCACUGCCUAAGUACAAUAUGGCAGCUACAGCUAUGCCAUGGCUAGAAAUCUGCACUCAUGCGUUAAAGUAUAGUCCUUUCUUAGCAACACAUUAGCAGUCAUAACUGUAGCCGUGAGACUGUUUCAUGCAGCCUAAGAUGCUCUUUCCUAAUAGAUGACAAAAUGCUUUGACCACAGCUGUAUCUGUUUGGUUUUAUCAGCACCAAUCAGUGCGAACUUUGUAAUGCUUUGACUGACACUUAAAAAGUCAAAGACGUUACGUUUAUUCUCUCUGAACAAAGUCGGCAGCUGAUGCUGUUUCAAAACGAUAUAAGUUUCAGAUAUACCGCAAAAUUGUGUUUACAUGGCUGAUGGGCUUAAGAUGCGUCAGGAUUCCAACAAUAAUUCAUUUUAAUUGUUACUAAAUACUACUUAUCAUUGGCUGAUUUUUUCGUGCAAUACAUGAAAGCUUGUAGCAAGUUUCUCAAAUCAUUGAAAAUAUGUAUUUGAAUUCAAUUCUAAAUUUUAAGAUCAAAUCGACCAAAAAGUUGACCUAACAUCCUUAAAAUGUAUAUCACUGCAUCAAAUCAUGUACAACUAACAAUUUGGGGUUUAACAACAACAAAAAAUGACUAGAAGCAGGCUUGAACCUGCGACCCACGUUUUAAUGUCACAGGUUCAAGUCCAGCUCGGUCUUCAAACCUAAAUUAUUUUAAAGUUUACCCAGUCAGUUUCCCUUGAGGUUUAUCAAUUGAUAACAAAAUUACUGUCAUCUUUGGCCCUGAAGUUGCCUUGAUUCAGUGGACUAUAAAAGUUACAUGCAUUAUAGUACUCGAUAGUGAAACAAACACUACUGGUUGUACUAAACAGAAAGGUUUCAACAUACAGUUGAAAUAAAAUAAAAUAAACUGCAUGAACUUCCGUACAGCAGCAACUGCUUCAUCAGAUGCUAUAAUUAUAUGCAAUCUUUGUAUAAUUGUAAACAUAAUACUGUGUGUGGAGUUUUGACAAUAUUGCUUGUGGUUUUCUGUUGCCUAAUAAGUCUUACAAUUUGUAUAUAUUGUAUGAGACUUUGUAAUGUAACUAGUUUGGAAUUAGUUUUCUCACAGGAUUUUGCUUGUUAAUAACAAACUAAUAAUGUGCACAAAUUACACCACACUAAAAGUGUAUGGGAUGGUGUUGUGUAAUUUCACAGUAAAGUCAAUAGUAACUCACAAGGUUGUGAAAUGUGAAUCUGUAUGGAUUGUGCAAGUCUCGCGUGUAUUCAUUAGUAGGACCCGUUAAAGUGCGCAAGCUUGUUUCAUUCAUGCGUUAAAGGUCCCAAAAAGUUUGAGUAAUACGAAAGAUUUGCACAGUCUAUUCAAAUGAACACAGCAGGUCAGCCGAGGUUCGGCUAGGGUGGGGCUGUUUUACUUGAACAGCAAUGUAGCUAUAACAGAGACCAGUAAGAGCCAAGGCAGGGGCAAUCAAUUCAUGCACUGCCUUUACUUUGACUCAUUGUUUUAUUUCCGUUGAAUAAACAAUGGCAGCCAUUUUGAAAUUUUGA